GUCUUCCAAUAUCUAUGGAGGCAAAGAUUAUACAAGCCAUCUGUGGCGGUAGAAAUUACUGAUUACUUGUCAAGGGGCGUAAUAUGGAAGUGGAAAUAUUUUGCAUGUAGUGUGUUGUGUGUAUUAAUGCUGUCACGAUAAUUCCUGGUUACGUAAUCAACAAUGCUUGUGCUUGUUCUCGGAGAUUUGCACAUUCCUCACAGAUGUAGCAGCCUGCCAUCAAAGUUUAAAAAACUUCUGGUACCUGGCCGAAUACAGCAUAUACUUUGCACAGGAAACUUGUGCACGAAGGAAUCAUAUGACUACUUAAAAACCCUCGCAAGUGAUGUGCAUGUUGUCAGAGGGGAUUUUGAUGAGAAUUUGAACUACCCAGAGCAAAAGGUUGUCACAGUUGGCCAGUUCCGUAUUGGAUUGUCCCAUGGCCACCAAGUUGUACCAUGGGGAGAUCCAGAAUCCUUAGCACUAAUACAACGACAGUUAGACGUGGACAUUCUUAUAUCGGGGCAUACUCAUAAGUUUGAAGCAUAUGAACAUGAAAACAAGUUUUAUAUUAAUCCAGGUUCUGCAACAGGAGCUUAUAACCCUCUUGACACAUCAAUUAUUCCUUCCUUUGUUCUUAUGGACAUACAGAGUUCAACAGUGGUUACGUAUGUGUACCAACUUGUUGGAGAUGAAGUUAAGGUAGAGAGAAUUGAAUACAAGAAGAGCUAGAGACAAUAGUUUGUGCAAAUAGAGAACUACAUUCUGAGAAUAAUUGUUUCUUUGGAAACAAGUUACUUGUUCGAGUCUGCGGUCGCUGCACCUAUAAGGAAGACAUUUUAUACCUGUCAAUAUUCUUGUCCAGAUAUUAAAGCUGUAUACUUAAUAUGAAAGUGUGUAACAAGGAGUAUGGUAACAGCUGAUAA